AUGCCAUCCUCAGCAGUUUCCCUAUAUGAGCCAGUCUUCACCCCUGACGAUAUCACCGGCCUGCAGCAACUAGGCUUUGAAGCAAAAGGGGAUGAAGAAGCGAGGUCGGCGAUCCAUAUUCUUUCCUCACCGACAAUACUCUUUAUGCCUCACUGCGAUGCCGAGCUGUAUCAAUCAAUACUACAACUUAAUCAGGAGGGCAUAAACCGGCUGAUUUUUGUGGGAAACCAACUGGAGGACUACUUGCUCCAGUACGACACGAGUCGAUUGGAGGAGAAUUACCCAACACUGAAGAGCAUAGCGCAUGGCGCAGUUAUCCUUUCACUCCGGCUUCGUGCGACGACAAGGCUUUCGUGGCACUAG